AUGCCACAACUAGAGAGCAUCCCAAAGUCCUACAAACAGGUGGACGCAAAGUCGAAGAGAGCUGGAGCACUCCAUCUUCAAUCUGAUGAUCUAGACACGACAUUCGACUUCACUUUCGAGACAGUCUUCCCCAAUGUGUUUCGAACCACAUUCUCUUCUACGUCUCACCCGCUGCCGCCAUAUCCGUCUAUACCUCCACCGGAAAGCGACAUUCCAGGGACCAAGGUCAGGUCGUUCCAGCCAAGCGAGCAAAGUUGCGUGACGGAAGUUGGCAAUGUCAGGGCAUCGGUUGAGUGGAGUCACGCCCCGGUAGUAAGCCUGAGCUGGCUGGACUCGAAUGAAGUCCUGCAUUCCGAUCUCGCAUUUCGUUCGUAUGUGGUAGAUGGUCCGGGAAUUGCUCACUAUACGCAACAUGACCGAAAAGCUUUACAUGUUGGACUUGGAGAGAAAGCGGCGCCGAUGGAUCUUACAGCUCGGCAUUUUCAGAUGUCGGCAACGGACUGCUUCGGCUACGAAGCCUACGCGACCGAUCCGAUGUAUAAGAUGAUGCCCCUCUUGGUGAAAGCAACAUCAAAGGGCUGCAUUGCGAUGGUCUCCACAAGCCACUCGAGAGGUUCAUGGUCUGUCGGCUCCGAAAUCGAUGGUCUAUGGGGCCACUUCAAGCUCUACCGGCAAGACUAUGGCGGGCUGGAGGAGUAUCUGAUCGUGGGACGCACGCUGAAGGAGGUAGUAUACAGCUAUGCGCAGCUCGCUGGAUUCCCACUUCUAUCCCCACGUUGGGCCUAUGGUUACAUCUCUGGUGGCUACAGGUAUACUGCUCUUGACGAUCCUCCUGCGCACCAGGCACUUCUGGAGUUCGCAGAGAAGCUCAAGAAGCACGAUCUUCCGUGCUCUGGCCACCAGAUGAGCUCCGGUUACUCGAUAGCCGAAACCGAGCCCCGAGUGCGCAAUGUCUUUACUUGGAACAAACAUCGGUUUCCGGAUCCCGAAGCGUGGAUUCGGCAGUUUCAUGCCCAAGGCAUCAGGCUGUUGACGAAUAUCAAGCCCUUUGUCCUUGCGUCACAUCCUGAUUAUGAAUACCUGGUGAGGAAUACCGGCCUGUUCACCGAUCCCAGAAGUAAGAGAAACGCAGAGAUGCGGCUCUGGAGUGCUGGAGGUGGUGAGAGCGGGAUUGGUGGCCACCUUGACUUCACCUCAGCCGCAGCAUAUGAAUGGUGGGCGCGAGGUGUCGAGAGGCUGAAAGAACAAGGAAUCGAUGGCAUGUGGAAUGACAACAACGAGUACCCUCUACCCAAUGAUGACUGGCAGCUGGCUCGUGAAACACUGCCCGCACCCAAGGCCGACACACCGAAUAAGCUUGGACUUUGGGGACGUGCUAUGCACACUGAAUUGAUGGCGAAGGCAUCGUACGAGGGUCUUCUACGAGCGGAGCCUGGAGUGCGACCGUUCGUCCUGACUCGCAGCGCGAGCAUCGGAACGCUACGAUAUGCGUCUAGCUCGUGGAGCGGUGACAACAUGACAUCUUGGGAGUCGAUGAAGGCGGCGAACGCGAUAUCGUUGAACGCGGGAGUCAGCUUGAUGCACUGUUACGGCCACGACAUUGGCGGUUUCGAGGGCCCCCAACCUUCUCCCGAAUUGCUGCUCCGUUGGAUUCAACUGGGAUGCCACCAGAUCCGCUUCGCCAUCAAUUGCUUCAAGACGUCGCCACAGGACAACCAGGCCGGAGAAGUGAUCGAGCCGUGGAUGUACCCGGAGAUUACGCCCCUGGUGCGCAAGGCGAUCAAGCGACGCUACGAGAUCAUGCCGUACAUCUACUCGCUCGGUCUUGAAAGCCACUUGGCAGCAAGCCCGCCUCAAAGAUGGAUUGGUUGGGGUUACGAGUCAGAUCCGGAAGUCUGGACAAAGCCACUGAAAUCUGGCGAAGAGCAAUAUUGGUUCGGCGACACGCUGUUGAUCGGCGGGGUUUACCAGCCUGGAGUCGACACUGCCAGAAUGUAUCUACCCCGACGCGUCGAAGGCGGAUUUGACUAUGGGUAUGUCAACCUAAACGCACCAUAUGAUCACCUUGCAUCUGGUCAGUGGGUGACGGUGUCGUCGCCCUGGAGGGAAAGCAUCCCCAUCUUUGCCAAAGUCGGUGGAGCCAUCCCUGUAGGAAAAAGCGUCCAGACCCGGAUGCCAGGUGAUACCAAGCCAGCCUGUCAAUCGCUCCCCGAAGACGACUAUCGCGGCGUUGAAAUAUUCCCUCCCAAAGGAAGCUCGCACGGGACCACGUUUACCACCACCUGGUAUGAGGACGACGGCAUGUCUCUCCGUCCAGAAAUAUCUUCCUUUACCGUUUCAUACAGUUGCACGGCCGAAAAGGUGGUAGUGUCGUUUAUUUCGGCCCCCGAUAAUCUCUUCCUCCCUCCCUGGAGAGAAUUGACAUUCAUUUUGCCACGUGGAGACGAGAGGUACAUCGAGUCCACCGACGGGAUCAGAAUGGAACGUGUCGAGUCGCAAAGCUGUGGCAGGGUCCGCUACAAAAUGCGUGUCUUUGCACAAGGUGGUGGCACUGGCCACGAGAUCAACGGGUACCAUCAGUAG